UGACUGAUGUACAGACAGGUGAGACAUGACUGAUGUAUAGACAGGUGAGACAUGACUGAUAUACAGACAGAUGAGACAUUACUGAACAACACACAGGUGAGACAUGACUGAUGUAUAGACAGGUGGGACAUGACUGAUGUACAGACAAGUGAGACAUGACUGAUGUACAGACAGUUAAGACCAGACAGGUGAGACCUGAGAUAUGUACAUACAGGUGAGACAUACAGACAGGUAAGACCAGACAGGUGAGACAUGACUGAUGUACAUACAGGCAAAACUUGAUAUACUACUACUACUCAAGUUUUGAUAGAGAUUAGAUGUAUUUGUAAAUAUUUUCUUAACAUUUGUUUCUAAAGUUGACUGGUAUAUAUUUAUUUUUUGCUUGCUUCUUUCUGCUUUGUGCUAGUGUAUUGUUUUGAUGUUCUUUCUGUGAGUCUAGUGAAGGUAAGUUGUAGCCAGAAGACUUUCACCAAUUCUAGUUUGCUUCUGCUUUGUGUGUAAGCUCUCGUCACCUACUGUCUCGAUCUCAAUUAAUUCACUUUAUCAUUGUGAUAACAAACAAAAUGUUUUACCUCUCUCAUUGAAGUAAUUCAUAUGUAUGUAGAUCCAUUUCAGUUUACUUGGAUUGAUUGUGAUAAAUAUCUGUAAAUGUGAAAGUUGUGAUUUUUCAUGUAUGUUACCAGUUAGUAAUUUCUUUACUGAUCUUUUGAUAUUUACAGAUUAUGUUAAGAUCCAGUAAUGGACAACAGUUGAUAUUUUAAUUACAUUAAUUAAUACGUUACCACUGUUAUACCGAGGCUGUUGUCUCCCACAACUGCCCUUAUAGCGAAAUCUACCACAGAGAUUCAAUUACCUCAUGCAGCACGUGCGUAGCCACCUGAGCUGCCAUGUGAUACCCUUCACUCUUGUCUCAGCAAGACGUUCAAAGACUGCUCGGAAGCGUUCCUGUUUCUUCAUCCUUUGGUGAUAUUUAUUACUGUUUAUUAAAAGCAUAUAAACUGUAUCUAUUGAGGGCGUUUGCUUUAACUAUGCUUGGAAAUAUUUUUCCCGCCAAAAGGAAAAAAAAUUCCCGCCCUUUUCUCUAUAUACUUAGGGGGUGUUUUGUCUGCACGUUGCGUCUUACGUUCCCCUGUUAAAGUAUGUUUGGUUUUUUUUACAUCACCUAUUUCUCUCACGCUAAAAUAUGUGUAUGUUCUAUAUUUUCGCAUUACUCGUUUAUUUUCUUGUGAAAAUGUUCGUUGUGAAUAUUUGUGGCGCUUGUGUUGUAACCAUGUUUUGUUCUUUGUUUAUAGCUUAAACAAUGUCUGACAUGGACACUUCACCGUGCUCCACCCCCUCCACUCCCGCAACCAGGCGUUGCGCGCUGUGCCGCAAAUUUCUAUCGGCCCGUGAUUCCCACGGUCGUUGCCCGCGGUGCAGGGUUCCUUGCGGGGACACCCGGUGCGCCCUGUGCAACGGUCUCGGGCCUGAGGCGUUCGAGCGCUACAGGCUCUACGUGCAGUCUGUCUCCAUCCCUGAGGUGGCCGGCUCGUCCGGUCGGGGUCCCCUUGCGGGUACCACUUCCACGUCUGCAGCAGAUCCCCCGGCGGCCCUUGGGCUGACCGGGGACUCCGUUACCGCGUUGACUCCAAGCUGGCGUCCUUAUACCAAGAUAGGCCGCUGGCUGUUCUGUCCCCGGCCUCUUCGGUGGCCUUUCGGUUCGGACGUGGGGUCUUUCGGUGCGACGGGGGGGCUCCCGACGGGGUCACCGGUCCUUCCCCCGAACCGUUGGGUCCGCUAUCGGUUAAGGACUGGGUGGCCAUGCUUUAUGAACUCUUUGAGGACAUGCCCAAGCCCUUGCCAGUACCGCGUGGAAUCCACGGCUCCGUGGGUUCCGCUGAGGUCUACGAGGAGUCGUCCGACAAGGCUUUCCCCGCUUCAACCUUGUUGCGCGGUAUUAGGCCUUCCCUGGAGAAAGCUUUUGCAGCAGCCUCCGGUCGGGGACUCCCUUUGCACCGCCGUCAUGGAGAAAGGUUUCAUUCCCGGUGCAUGACCGCGGAGGCCCACGUCGAGCGUUUGGGUGUUCGUGCCCCACCAGGCUACCUUGCAGCAGUUAGACACCCUCGCUAGGCGCUCCAUGCUCGCUAUGUCGCACGGGGAUACCUACUUGGCAGCAGCGGCCAGUCUGGUCGAAGGUUCUCCCACGGACCAAAACCAGCGCAUUUACAACUGUUAAAUCGGUUUAAAUGCUUUGCUUGAGUACGUCGCCGGGGCUUCGGCCUUUCUUUCUGGCACGUGCCACUUCCUCAGACCGCAAGCGUACCUUGCCGCCUCCUUUCGCAGCCUUGGUCUGCACGGACCCUGUUUAAUAACAAGAUCCCUGGCGUUCUCAAAGAACAACAGGCUGCUGUGUCUGCUGAGGCCUCUCGGCACAAGCUGGAUCUUGUUGGGUCCUUGCAUCAACGCCUAGGUGCCGGGUGCCAUGAUGCUGCGGCCGGUAGGUCCAAGGGGUCGGGUCCUUCUUCCUCCGGGAGGGAGCCCCGCCCCGAGGACGCCGGUAAGGGCAAUCUGCCGCCCUUUUGCGGGAAGAAGGGACACUGGGGGCAGCCGAAACCGUCUAAGGACGGCAAGGGCUCCUCCAGGUGACUCUCACUGGAGGGGUUCGUAUGCCGACAGCGUCAACUUAGGUUGGCCCGUAGGCGAACCCGAGACACUCGACCCUGGACAGUUACGCCUGCCGCAGCCUGUCAGGCCUCCCUUUCCUUCCCCGGUAGGAGCCAGACUCCAGACUUACUGGGAGAAUUGGGAACAAGUGUUCGACGACCCCUGGGUGGUCAACAUGAUCCGGUACGGCUAUCGGCUAGAUCUCAAGGCGGAUCCGCCGCUCACCGCCACCCCGUUGGAAGGUUUCUAUUCGGAAGCCGAUCUUCCCAUCCUUGCCGAUGCCAUUGGCAGGUUGGUGGAGAAGAGGGCGGUACGGGAGUUAGCCCUACCAGAAAUAACACCAGGGUUUUACUCCAGGAUAUUUCUCGUUCCCAAGAAGGACAGUGCCGAACUCAGAAUGAUUCACAACCUGAAAUCUUUCAACGAGUUUUACCUACACAAACCGCCCAAGUUCGGAAUGUUGACCUUGGCGGACCUGAAAGCACUGAUCAUGGCCGCCGACUGGCUCGCAUCGAUCGACCUGAAGGAUGCUUAUCUGCAUGUUCUGAUUCAUUCGGACCAUCAUAGGUAUCUCAGGUUCGUCUUUCAAGGCCGGCGAAUGGGUAGCACUCCCAUUCAACCUAUCGUCCGCUCCCUGGCUGUUCACCCGGUUAACCAGCCCCCUUGUGGGGUUCCUCCACAAGAGGGGUAUCAGGUACUUCGCGUACCUGGACGACUCGCUAGUGGUCAAUCGAAUGACGGACACCCUGUCAAGCCACCUCGAUUUCGCACUUCAGCUCUUUGAGCAAUUGGGGUGGAUUGUCAAUCUCCCCAAGAGCGAGUUAACCCCCUCGCAGAACUUGAAGUUCAUCGGAGGUCGGUUCGACACGGUGA